GCCGCGGGGCAGGCCGGGAAGGGGCGCGGUGCACGCUGGGAGGGGGCAGAGGUGAGAGGGCAGCGCCUGGGCGCGCAGUUCGGCUCGGCUCGGCUCGGCUCGGCUCGGCGGCCGCCGGCGCGCGGCGAGGAUGGCGGAGAGACCCGAGGACCUGAACCUGCCCAACGCCGUCAUCACCCGUAUCAUCAAGGAGGCGCUUCCUGAUGGAGUAAAUAUUUCUAAAGAAGCUCGGAGUGCAAUAUCUCGAGCGGCAAGUGUGUUUGUGCUCUAUGCAACAUCAUGUGCAAAUAACUUUGCAAUGAAGGGGAAGAGGAAAACGCUGAAUGCUGGUGAUGUUCUCUCUGCCAUGGAGGAAAUGGAGUUUCAGCGAUUUGUAGCCCCUUUAAAAGAAUCACUGGAAGUUUACAGACGUGAACAGAAAGGAAAGAAAGAAGCAAGAAAAGAUAAAGACAAGAAGGCAGACUCGGAAGAGCAAGAUAAGAGCCGAGAGGAAGAGAAUGAUGACGAUGAUGAAAGAAUGGAGGAAGAAGAGCAAAAUGAGGAAGAAGAGGUGGACAACUGAACUUUCUGAUGAGAUGGGUGCAGAAGUUGGGCUCUGUCCACAGGGCUAUAAAUGCUGUAAAUCAAUCUUGCUGUGUCCCCCGUUGGUUUCCAGUAGAGCUUGUACUGUUCCUCUGGAGCCCAUCCCUUUUUGGCUUUAACUUGUGUAUAAAGGACUUCUACAACAGCUUUUCUUGUGGAAGGACCACCUCCUCCCUCUGCACAGGAAACUUGGCAUGCUCUCCAGAUUCUGACCAAACAGUAACAACUGGGUAAAAAUACUGUGCUUUUUAUGCUGAGUUGGCUCUGAAAUAUGGGGGGGGGGGAAAUGUCAGAUUCUCUCUAUAGAAACUGGUUGGGAGAACAUGAGGGAACUGUUGAAGUCAGAGGUUGAAUUGAAUAGAGACACCUUCACAUCUCAGAAGCUGAGUGUUAAAAGGUUUUGUCUAAGUGACUUUAUUUUCUUUUCAUUUUCUUGCAUUCUGGCUGUGCCUUCACUUUCUGCUGUGACACAGAUGAUGUAUUUUACAACCUUACUGGUUGUAUGCUGUGAUACAGUGCAACUGUACAAGGACCAGUGGUCCACUGAACUUUCUGCCCAGAAUCAAUCCAAAUCAAAAGAACUUCACUUAUAAUGUAAACUAAAUACUGAAAGUGCUUGGUUUAUGUCUUUUAAAGCCACUAGGAGACCAAGAGCUACUUUAUUAAAAAUCUGAAGCGAAACUGUGAGCUCAGAUGUGUUAUGCAUCAGCCGUGAUGCACUAUUGUAUCAAGCAGUAGAUUUGUUGCAAGUCAGCAGUGGGCGCUGGUGGAUCUGAUGGUCUCACCACCUUUGGAGUUGCAGUUCCUUCUGCAGACAGAUUGAUGAUUGCAGCAAACUUUACAUGUGGUAUUAGAAUAGAUUGUUUGGGUUUUUUUUUAUGGGUUUUACUUUUUCAAAUUGGAAUGAGCUAACUACAUUGAACAAAGGUCCUCCUUUAGCCUUUUUAGUACAAGCUAUCCAAAGGUAUUCAAAAGAUGCAGUCUACCUCCCAACGUGAUGGGCUCUAGGAGCGCAGUGAGGACAGGAUAUUGCUACCUAGGAUAGGAAGGCCAGCCUCCAGCCUGUGGUUUUCAAAUGCCUCCCUCAGGAAAGAUGGGUCAACUGAUGAAUAGGUUCAAGCAAGCUGUUUGUAUUUCUAGCAUUCCUAUAGUUUUGUUCAUUCAUACUUGAAUUCUUAGUUUUGACACCUUUCCUUUCUCUUCUAUGAGAAAGCAUCUAUUCUAAUAAGCCCCUUAUAGGAAGAAAAAAUGUUUUAUCAUUUGUCUGCUCGUUUAAAGGCCAAUAAACCUAAAAGUUAGACUUAAAUGAGCUCUGCUAAAGGAAACCCAAGGAAAAAUGUAGGUAUGUUUUGAGUAAGCUCAAAAGCUUGCUGAUGCACAGUUUAAUAAUGAGCACUUGUGUGAAGUGGUACAUCCUUUUCACCGUUUCUUCUGAAAAACUGAUGCAAAGCUUCCUGCAAGAGCUACCCUGCCUUUACAUUUUUCAUGGCAUGAUGUUUUUCCAUCAUGCAGAAGUCCAGCUCACAAAAAGAACUGGAUCAAAGGAGACUUUCUGCCGUCUAGCUUCUGCUGCCAUAGUCAGUAACAGCAAAGACUAAAGUGUUGACAGUGUCUCCCCAAGGUCUCUAAGUACAAGAAAGGCCUUCCUUCUCUCUCACUUUUUUUUCUUUUUUUUUUUAUCCUCUUAUAGUAGAAAUCUGGGGUGUAUCUUCUGGAAGGGAACUAUUUAAAUAAAAGCCAGAUUCUUCACAGAAA